CUGCUGACGGAUUUUAUGUCUGAAGGUGUGUCCGACCGUCCGUCCUUACAUCAAGGCUACUCACCCGCUAAACGACAUGCAACACCAUCACACGUCACACGAGGAAAAAUGGGCCACUCGGACGAGAAAUGACCCUCUCUUGCCGCGUCAAUGCGGCUGUAUUCACACACACGCUCACCAACGCUCAAUACGUAUACACACACAGAAGUGCUCGAAAAUUGGCUCUCCGACGAUUCAAACGACUGGAAAACUGAUACACUCAUGUACCACUCACAUGCUGAAUCAGCUAGGUAGUCGACGCACGGACCACCAUCUCCACAGAAAAUUUGCCCCGCUGGCCGUGGAAAAACGACGAGAGUGAAAAACACACACCGCCCCACGAGUGUCAUCUGUUUGUGAGUGAGUGGUAUGGUCAAAUGAUUGCGAGCAGUUUGUACUCGAUGUAUCUCGUGUCCUGGGACAGCUCAUUUAGCUCCGGCGGCACAAUCAGGCGGCGUAUCUCCCCCACCCGCAUCGACAACAAUGCCUCCCGACGCCACUUGGAGUGAACCUGCACACAGGCACAGACGUGCUCGCCUUUGUGCAUAUGUCUGUGUGUGCGUGUGCUGACCUCACUGAUAGCGGCCACCACGCCCUUGAGCUCUGGCUGCUUGAGCUUGCCGCCGAAGGCAUCCAACGACUUGAAGUCAUACUUGACGCGGUGGUGGUGUUGUGGCUGCGGCCCGUUGCCCUCGCGCAGCACCUGAUACGACACGCCCAGGGGGCUGCGGCGCAGUGAGGGGACGGCCUUCUCGGAGCUCUCGCUGUCUUGCUCACUGCCCGAUGUGCUGAGUGGCACAAGGGAAAGGAACACAUGACUGUUGAUGAUAUGUUUUAAGUGAAAUUGAAGCAUACCUGCAGCUGUUCGCCUGAUUGCGGUCCAUAGCACCCGCCAAAGACGGGAGAUGACGCCGCGAGAC